AUGGGUACAAAUAUGGUGGUCAAGACAACCCACCAAAACUUGGCCUCGAAGAUCUUCUGCUUAUGCUGCAGAGACUGUGAGGAGCCCCACGCCAUGGAUGACUCCAAGGUCCCCAGCCAAACCCAAGAGCAUCAGCCAUCAAACUUCAGUUUGCAGAAGGGGGAGCUGGCCAGCAAGAGUUCCAAGCAUGCUAAGGAAGCCUCCGGCUUGCCUUUGGGACAACCUCUGAUCCACCCAGAAAAGAGAGCCUCAUCCACCAGCAACAAAGAGUAUGAAGAAUGGAAUACACGUGUGUGCCCAAGAGGUUUUUGCAAGAGAAACCUAAACCGCUACUCUCAGGACCACUGGCCAUUCCAGCCAUGCCACAUAGGGAGACCCUGA